AUGAUGUUUUCGUAUAUCAGAAACCUGCCAAUUAAUAUUGCAACAAUUUUCAACACGCCCUCACCACAAAGCGUCGAAGAUGCAGGUGAUAGAACGAGUACACCAUUGAAAGUCUCUUUUGAGCCGUACUGGGCUGCAUGCAUUAGUCUCCUCAAAUGCCAAAUUAAAGAUCUCAGUCACGUUCCUUCAAGCUACGAGGAGGUUAGCCAAAUAAUGGGUCAAUUACAUUCUAGAGUGACGCAGGUUUGGUUGAACACUGAUCAUCAAAGACUAUUUCUGGAUACGUCACAUGUUAGCUCUGUACAGCUGGCUAUUUUUGAGUGUUCUCGGUUUAUAAGAGAUAAUCCGGAUCGCUGUCGAGAAGCUGUGAGCUCAAUGGUGGCUGUGCUGCGCUUUAUGAGGGAAAUAUACCCCGUGAAAACAAUCAACCAAAGUUUGCGACGCCAAAUAAAUGACCUAGAGUGGAGCGAGGCUCCUGAUGCCAAGCACUAUAUCAACAGAAUUAUCCCUCGAUAUCUUCCGAGCAAGAUGCCAGAUUCUUUGAAAACCCUAGAUGCUCGGAUCUAUGCUAUUAAAUGGCGCGGGUCUAUCUCGCUGUUGGAAUUGCGGGCAACCCACCUCCGAGAUCAUCCCACAUGGUACAGGACGGUCACAAAUGAAAUCAGGAAGCUUGUGAACGAAGUCGCGAAGAUCAAGUUUAGGGCACUGACCGAGGCGAUGGGCAUUGGGGCUCCUCAUGAAGAGUUGAUCUGCAUUGCAGAUCAUUGCACACUCUUUAUUCUCCUUGUCCAAGCACAGCUGCGGACCUUAAGUCAAGAUUCAAAGAAGGCUGAAUGGGUGGCUUCGAUUUUGAUCGAGUACAUAAAUUCUCUGGACUUGAAUUCUGGGGAUGCUAUCCCAUGUUGGUCAGAUAACGAAGAAUUCAUCUAUAGUGAGUGA